UUGACUACAUUUUUUCGAAGAAAUUAAAGGUUCAAACUAAUUUUUAACCCGAGCGUUAUGUGAUCCGUGUCUUGGCACUCGUAUUGUAGUAUUUUAGCGAUGUUGUCACGCGUUUUUUCGAUGUCGAAUCACUGGUUGUACUCGACAAUGUUUUUUUCGCUGUGACGCUUGUUUUGCUGAUAACAGGCCAAUCCGACAGCAGUUUCUUGUGUCAAAACAAGUCUUUUAUUUAGUAAAACUCGCUUUUAUUCGUGUGAAAAUGUCUUCAAACGUCCGUUCGAUGUUUUCGUGUCAUUCAUUUAGAACGGGGCAGAGAGGUUGCGUCAUGCCUCAACUUGUUGACAUUCUUUUGUUUACAGUGUUAGACCCGACAGCCUCUAGGUUUGAGCUGAGGACACUGCUGCUGCUUUGGGGUAGUGAGAAAAACAGUAGGCCCGAACUUCGAAGUGUCUUUUUGGACAUGAUUACUUUUAAAACUUUUUAUUAACGGUAUGUCAUAUGUAUAUCCGUAUCCCCGAAGUCAAAGCGACGGUUUGUCAGAGCGAACGACGGCCGUUGAACGGCUGUCAGAGCGCGAAUAACCGUUAGUUCCUUCCUUAAAAACGGAUUAAUUUGAUGUUUACAGCUCAUUUUAUAUUUUAACGAUUUUUUUUGCCAUUUGUAUAUCUCGAAAGACCAAAUAAUGUUUAAAUUGGGAUGCAAUAUUUUUCUCUGUCAUUGAUAUUCUUUAGCAUUUUUUCACCUUCGUGUUUUCGAGCCUCUUUAUUCCACUUUUUCGAAACAAAUUUCUGCUAUUUCUCACUAUUGCUACGCAGUUAUGAAUGAAUGAGCUCUGGUGCGCAUGCGCCAAACCCUUUUAAGUUUAUAAACAAGGCCUCCACGCAGCGGGUCACAUGACUAGUCACAGAGGUAUACUGUGUCGAUUGAGAGACAAAGGAUUCCCUAAAGGCUGCCUACGUUUUCCAUUACAUUCAUACAAUACAUAACGUUAACAUGUUAUGCUAUGAUAACAUACUGUCUGGGUUGUUUUUUAUUCGCCACGGCCAGAAACAUUUUACUGAUUGAGUUAUGUAUAUAUGUUUUCUUUAACACCAUAGGUCCAUUCGUUAUGUCUGAAUGAAGCCAUAAUUAUAUAUUAAAAAACCCCGCAUAGCAUCAUUUAGACUCGUGUUUGCAAUUACAAAUAAUCGUUUUCCAUGGUACUUGAACAGUUAUUGUUGAAGUUCAACUGAAACUGCAUUGCAAAUAGAACUGCAGCAAUUUCCCUUGGUUUGUGAAAGCUCUGAUUUGUCCUGUUUGUUUUGCAUAAAACCAGCUGAUGUGGCAGAAUAUGAUGAUGGAAGCUGCUUAAACUGAGCUGCAGCCUGUUAAAAACAAAGAGACAAACUACAGAAAAUUGUUGGAAUGGACGAGUCUUUUGAUCCACUUAAGUGCAACGAGGACCUACCUUCCUCACCUGGGUGCCACAUGGAUUAUGAUGACUUGCCAGAGCUGCAGGAAGUGGAGGAGGACCAGAGGUCUCCAGGGUUAUUUCAGGUUGGAGCAGGAGUGUCCCACCAGGAGCUCAGCUGCUCCCCAAACACCAACUGGCUCACUGAGCUGGCCAACAUUGCCACAAGUCCUCAGAGCCCCCUGUUGAAGACCGCCCCACAUAAAAGAUCAUCUCCAGUCCACAUCUUUGGCAACAGUAAUAGUUUACAUUCCUACGCCCGUCCCCCAUUAGCCAGUAGUGCACCCAACCCGUCCAGAGGCCACCUCAGGGAGCGCAGGCGUGUCAGGGCCAGCAGUGAAUCUGAGUCUGGAGUUUUCUCAAUGUCCUCUUCCUUUUCUGAUGACGAAGACAUGGCUUGGUCUCACAACUGGCCCUCAACAGCCUGGCAUUGUUUCCUUAAAGGAACUCGCCUGCGUUUCCAUCGAGGUCCUAAUGUGGAGUGGCAGGAAGCUGAUGAACUCCGGGAUUCUGAUGAUGACUCGGAUGAUGAAAACAUGAUGCAGUCAUCCUCCUCUCUUAAGAGGUAUGGUUCAGAGGGUCUGAAGUUGGUGAGCCACGAAGAGACCGUAUCUUUUGGCCAGGCAGUUCUUAAACUAACCUUUGACCCUGGUUCACCCGAUGACGGCCUUUUAACAGCUGAAUGCCGGUUGGAUCACCCAUUUUUUGUCAAAAAUAAAGGGUGGUCUUCCUUUUAUCCGAGCCUAACUGUGGUGCACCAUGGGAUCCCUUGCUAUGAGAUGCAUUUGGGCAAUGUGUGCCUGCCACCAAACCAUCCAGAAGCCAUUAACUGCGAUGACUCUGUCGUCUUUGACACUUUCAGAAGUUAUGACUUCACCCCACUUGACUCCUCAGCAGUGUAUGUUCUCAGCAGCAUGGCUCGUCAGCGCAGGACCUCCCUGUCCAGCGGGGGUGCAGUCAGCCCAGACUGCGAUAAACUUGAGCGCUCCAGCUCCCCACAAUCCUCAACUGGCAAAUCAAACAGGAGCAACACCUCAGGGACAGCCAGUGGUGCUACGCCUACAAAAUGCAAGCGGCCAAUGAAUGCCUUCAUGCUCUUCGCCAAGAAGUACAGAGUGGAGUACACACAGAUGUAUCCUGGGAAGGACAACAGAGCCAUUAGUGUCAUCCUGGGUGACAAGUGGAAGAAGAUGAAGAACGAGGAGAGGAGGAUGUACACCAUGGAGGCCAAGGCUCUGGCCGAGGAGCAGAAAAGACUCAAUCCAGACUGCUGGAAACGUAAAAGAACCAACUCAGGUUCCCAGCAGACCUAAAUAAUCCUGCAGAAACCCCAGCUGCUGGCAUUUUGACAUGGAGAGGUGUUGGACAGAGUCUGAUGGACCGCUUAAUGCCUCUUUGCUCUCCUGUAUUCUUGAGACUCAACUGUGAUGCUGAAUUCACUUCACGCUUUUUGUAACCUUGAAACGUUAUUAGAGACAAACCAGAAUUAUGAACUAUAAACAAACAUGUAAUCUAGUCACUAACAUAUGUGCAUAUAUUUUCUUAUAUCUUCUAUGUCAAAGACGUCUUAUUCCCCUGAAAUAAGAAUGGACCUUCUCAUUUAUUUCAGGUUAUUUCAUAUUCAAGGUUGACAUAUGAGAGCAUGUGGUGCUAUGCUUCGGUGUAGAAGGAGCAGUAAACAACAAGUGUAUAUUUAUAAUUGUAAAAAGGGUAAUUUUCGCUAACUUUUUUCACAACUGUUCAAAUUGAUUAUAUUUGUAAGAUUCAAUAUAUUGCACAGAUUGGUAACCCUUUCAUACAUUUUGUAAUACAGUAUAUAUUCUAUAGCUGAACUAUUGCCAACAGUUUGUGAGGCUGCCCUGCCAAGUUUUUAGAUUUCUGCCCAACCACCAGGCCAUAUGAUGAGAGGGCUUUCAGCAUGUGGUGGUGGGUUUACACUCAGUCACAGAGCACUUCAGGCCUUUGCUGCAAGUGUUUGUUUCUUUUGCACUUUAUAUAAAUAUGUAAUCUAAUCCUAUACAGCCAUUGUAUACUGGUGAAAACCAUUUGUAUAAUACAGCUAGUAUCUUGACAUUUAGCCGUUCGACACAAUCAUGGCCCAGUAGCCGUGUUCUGCUUUCAGGUUGCUCUUGAAUUUUAAGUGCUUUGUUCAUAAUGUACAGGUUUCACAGCCCCAACAACCUCUUGCACACAAUAUCCUUGUAUCAUAUUAUAAAUAAUUGUUUUUUAAACUUGCAUCUUAUCAAAGUGUUUGGUUCUUUUUCAUAAGCUGUAAUCACAACCUGUCGAGAUGCUUGACUUUGUGUUUCAAUACAUGCUUACAUUUU